UCCGUCCGUCCCCGCGCCCGCGCCCGGAGCACCGCGCCGGAGGGAGCCCGCCGGGAGCCCGCCGCGAUGCUGCGCCCGGCGAGCGGCCGGAGCCAGCCGCGCUGAGCCGGAGCGGAGAGGUCCGGGCGGGGUAUGCUCCCCGAUGGCACCUGCACCAGGCUCCCGGGCGGUGCAGGCAGCCUCAGCGGCGGCAGCCACAGCAGAACUAGCGGCGCCUUGGAGGAGGCGGCGGCGAGGGGCAUGGACUCGGCCGGCAGGAACUCCUCUGGUGCCCCGAACAGCACCUUGAGCGAGUCCCAGGGCAGCGCCAUCCUCAUCUCAUUCAUCUACUCUGUGGUGUGCCUGGUGGGGCUGUGCGGCAACUCCAUGGUCAUCUAUGUGAUCCUACGCUACGCCAAGAUGAAGACAGCCACCAACAUCUACAUCCUCAACUUGGCCAUUGCGGAUGAGCUGCUGAUGCUUAGCGUCCCCUUCCUGGUCACCUCCACCCUGCUGCACCACUGGCCCUUUGGCUCUCUGCUCUGCCGCUUGGUGCUCAGUGUGGAUGCAAUCAACAUGUUCACCAGCAUCUACUGCCUGACUGUGCUCAGCGUGGACCGCUACAUCGCCGUGGUGCACCCCAUCAAGGCAGCCAGGUACCGCCGGCCCACUGUGGCUAAGAUGGUCAACCUGGGUGUCUGGGUGCUUUCCAUCCUCAUCAUCCUGCCCAUCAUCAUCUUCUCCAACACAGCGGCCAACAGUGAUGGAACGGUGGCUUGCAACAUGCUCAUGCCAGAGCCCACCCAAAGGUGGCUGGUGGUCUUUGUGGUCUACACCUUUCUGAUGGGCUUCUUGCUGCCGGUGGUUGCCAUCUGCCUCUGCUACAUCCUCAUUAUUGCCAAGAUGCGCAUGGUGGCCCUGAAGGCUGGCUGGCAGCAACGCAAACGCUCGGAGCGCAAGAUCACCCUCAUGGUCAUGAUGGUGGUGAUGGUCUUUGUCAUCUGUUGGAUGCCCUUCUACAUUGUGCAGCUGGUCAAUGUCUUUGUAGAGCAGGAUGACGCCACCAUCAGCCAGCUCUCUGUCAUCUUGGGCUAUGCCAAUAGCUGUGCCAACCCCAUCCUCUAUGGCUUUCUCUCAGACAAUUUCAAGCGGUCCUUCCAGAGACUGCUCUGCCUCAGUUGGAUGGACAAUGCUCCGGAGGAACCCAUCGACUACUAUGCCACCGCCCUCAAGAGCAGGGCGUACAGCGUGGAGGACUUUCCCCCGGACAACUUGGAGUCAGGAAGCAUGUAUAGGAACGGCACUUGCACCUCCAGGAUUACCACUCUCUGAGGAAGCAUUCUUGCCCCCUGCCCCACUGCCCCCCAGCAGGAGGGUGAGUGGGGCCAGGCUGUGGCAGGGGGAGGCUGGGAGGGAGGGGGUUUUGAUCCAGCCCACCAACAGUGGUGUUUGGCAGAAGAGGGUGUAAAGAAAACCCCAUGUCCUCAGUGUGCUGCCCCAUUCCCCUUGCCUCCUUUGAAACUGGGUGCAUUUGCUGAUGCUUUGACAGCCCCUUAGUAAACUGCCAUGCUUAGGAUCUGGCAGCCAGGCUCUGCCAGCCCUGUCUGUCUGACAAGCAGGUCCAACAAAGACUCUCCCCUUUUGUACAGGUCCCCUCUCCUUCCUCUUAGCUGGUGGGACACCCUGCCACUCAGCAGAGCCUGCCUCAGCCAGGCAGGGUCAGGCUCAGACCCCCUUGACCAGCAACAAACCUGCUCAGCAUCCAUGGGUACACACCUUUCAGUCAGCAGAAAUGCUAGGAAAGUUCCCUCCUGAACACACCUGCCCUCUCCCAGCAAGCAGCCUUGCCCUGCCUCCUCAUGGGGUAAAAAAGAAGGGAGCAAAAAUGUCCUAAGAAAAGGAGCAGCUUUUGCUCUGCAGACAGCUCCCACCUUGCUGGGGCUUGGGCUCUGUGCUGUGAUCAGACGCAGCAAAGCAGAAAAGCUCUUCAGAAAGGAAUCUGAUUGUUGCAGUGCCUCAGAUCUCACAGCAGGAUGCCAGCAGCAGGAGGUGAUGGGUCCAUGACCCACGGGGACAGAGCUGAGCUGGGGGCAGGAGGAAGCCUCGGGCUGGGAGAGGUGUGAGUCUGUUCCUCCAUGAGACGGAGUGUGCAAGUAAUAAAGUUUAAGGGGAGCACUAGACUGUGAAGUUCUUGUCUUGGGCUGCUCCAUUGGCCAUGAAACAGUGAUGAAGAGAUUGAGACACUUUUCAGUGACCUGGGUGGCCACAAAGUCACUUUAACUGACAUGGAAAAAGGGGAUUUUGUUCAAAAUCUCCACCAGGCUCUUAAAUAAAUACUUGACAGAAAAGUAGCUGUUUGACAAUAGCUAUUACCCUAGCUCCAGUUUCUUCUGUUGCACUAAAAAGAGAUAAAAUUGGUUUCAUAAGUUGCCAAUGUAACAUACUGGCCCAGAGCUUCAGAAUGUUUCAUUUCUGAGAAGUGUUGGUUUUAGUAUGUCAGAUGUCUUUUUAUUUGAUUUUUUGAUUCUUGUCACUGUGCUGUGAACGUGUUUCUCUGAAGCAAUUUAUGUUGUGUACUUAUGUCUGUGGUGGCUACCUGCAAGAGUGCUUUUAAAAGGGGCAAUGCUCAAGAAGGCUUCUUUUCAGAGAAAAAGGUUGUAGCUUUUUCUAAUUCUUUCAUCUACAUUGUCUCUCCCCAGAAAAACUCUCCUGAAUUUUCCCUUUUUUCCUCCUAUGAAACAAUACUUUUCAUAUAGACAAAUGAGGAUUUACUGUUUGAUAAAUGACAGCUGAUUAAACAAACCUUCUCUCCCUGCUCCCCUCAUCCCACCCGCACACAUCAGUACGAACCAUGUUGAAACAAGCAGCUCUGUUGGUUUGUUUUCUGCCACCUGUAUUAACAGUGUCACACAGUGGCAGGUGUCCCGGUAGCUGUGACAAAUCACUUCUCCAGCUCGGUGCUGUGGUGGUAUUAAUUAUAACUGCUGAGAGUUUGAAGCAAGGGAUUGGGAAAAAUCCUGGGUAGCAGCACACUCAUAGCCCUGUGCUGGUAGAAGUGCACGCCAUGCUGAGGGCGAGGCUGGUGGUGGAGGCAUCCAGUACCUGGUGGUGGACAUACUGUAGGUCUUGUUAAAUGGUACCUUUAACUUUGCUCAGCAGCAGUAAGCAGGAGACUACUUUGUGCAUUUCUUUCACCAAAAAUUAGGUACUGUUAAAUGAAUGUAUAAAUUUAGUAUUUCAAAGUUGCCUGAUUCAAAGCUCAUUGAAAUGAGAGAAGAAAUCCUAGUUCAUUUCAGUGGACUCUGAGUCAGCUCCGUUUAGUUCAAAAACUGCUGAUGUGGAAGCUGUUACAUCCUUAUUAAAACAUUUUGUGAAAUGCUUUAA